UCCAGGGCGGAUACAACUACUAAAGCCUACGUUCGCGUUAUUAGAACGUUCUUGGAGUGGUCUAAAGGUAGACAUUUCAACAUGCAGUUACCUUUUCCCCUUAGUGUCGUUUCCCUAUAUUUAUUUGAAGUUCAGCAGUCUUGCACCUCUAGUUCCUCAGUAAUUUUAGCCCAUGCUGCCCUUAAAUGGUUACAUUCUUUUGUCCCUAGUUUGGAUCGUAAUCCUUUGGAUAGUGAAUUUUGCAGGAAUAUUAUCGAAUCUGCUAAACGCCAGAAAUCACAGCCAGUAAUGAAGAAGAAGCCUAUUACCACAGAAAUCAUAAGGAGUAUUUUAGAUAUUCAUAACAAGGAAGAUGCUAAUUUGAAGAAUCUUCGUAUCGCUGCGUUAUGCUCUUUAGCUUUUGCAGGAUUUUUUCGUUACGACGAAUUAUGCAAUAUUGUUCCUAAGCAUAUCGAAUUUCACAGCGAUUAUAUAAGAAUCUUUGUACCUCGUAGUAAGACAGAUGUUUAUAGGGAAGGGAAUUUCGUCUUUAUUAGUGCAUCCAGGUCUAAGUACUGUCCUGUUGGUGUUUUACAACGGUAUUUAGAUUUAUCUGGUAUUGACUUAUGUAGUUCUCUCCCUUUAUUUAGACCGCUUGUUUUUCACCGUAGUAGUUCUAGCUAUACUCUGAGAAGUGGAAAGAUUUCUUAUACUACUUGUAGAGAUAUCUUAAGGGAUACCUUAAGU